CCACACCCAAUAAAAUCCUCAUAACAUUUGCAGUGAAAACUGAAAAACAAACUGAUCAGAAAAAUCAAAUCCACAAAUAUCACAGAUCCCAACACUGAUGGAACAGAAAACCUACUCCUCCUUCUCUUCCUUCUUCUUCUUCUUCUUCUUCUUCUUCUUCUCCAGUCUCCAUCGUCGUCGUCUUCAUCAUCGUCUUAUUCUUCUUAUCAUCGUCGUCUGUUUCUGCGGAUCAAUUUCGCCGGUGAAAGCUUAUAAAAACUACACCGUUGGCGACUCCCUGGGAUGGUUCGAUUCGCUAGAGAAGCCCGGCGUGGAUUACCAGGAAUGGGCCGACGGAAAGCACUUCAGCUUAGGAGAUUUUCUCAUCUUCAACACAGACAACAACCACUCUGUAGUUCAAACCUACAACUUCACCACCUACAAACUCUGCGACGACUACGACGCCCUAGGAAACGACACAAUCGACUGGUUAGCGGCGGAUCCGUCCGCAAUCUCGCCGCAACCGGUGACGGUGGCAGUACCUCUCGUUAAGGAAGGCAUGAACUAUUUCUUCUCCGGCUACUACGACGGCGAACAAUGCGAGUACGGACAGCGUUUCAAGAUAAACGUGACUCACGGCCAAGGCCUACCGCAGAGUUUAAAGUCUCCGGCGGAAGAAUCGCCGGCUCCGUACAGUCCUCAGGCUGGAGACGACGAUGAAUCUGCGCCUGAUACCAUUGUGCCUUCUAACUUCGAUCAUCCUCGAGAUGAAAGCGACGUCGUUCAGGAUGAUUCUGCUGCUUCUAUUUCUUUACGUGUUUUGGAUAUUACUAGAAUAACUGUGCAUUGUUUGUUGAUUUUGGUAGGACUUGUUUGGUUGUUUUAGCCAACUUAUGGUAUAUAGAUAUAUAGAUAAAUAUAUAUAUAUUAUUUAAAAAAAUCAAAUUGGUGUAUCUGAUUCAU